AUGGGUCAACGAGUUAUCUCAGAGAAAAAUAAUACAGUGUUCCAUGCACUAAAUUUAGCUGAAUUAGCAUUAACCGACGUGCGUCACGUAAUUUGUAAAUUUUUCGUACUUCGCAGUGGUGUGAAUUCAAUAACAAAAGUGAAGAAAAUUGAUUUGAUACACUUAGGAAGAUAUUUUAUCAAACCAUGGUACUUUUCACCUUAUCCUGAAGAACUGAUCUCGUGUCCAGUUGUUUAUAUUUGCGAAUUUUGUUUGAAAUAUUGUAAAGAUACUGAUGCAUUGAAGCGACAUCGAACAAAAUGCACAUUGAUUCAUCCGCCUGGUAAUGAAAUUUAUCGUAAUGGAACAAUCUCAUUCUUCGAAGUUGAUGGACGAAAGAACAAAACCUAUUCUCAUCAUCUUUGUCUCUUGGCGAAAUUAUUUCUUGAUCAUAAGACUUUGUAUUAUGAUACAGAUCCAUUUAUGUUUUAUAUUUUAACCGAAUUUGAUGCACAAGGUUUUCAUAUCGUUGGUUAUUUCUCUAAAGAUAAAGAAACCAAUGAAGAUUACAAUUUAUCAUGCAUUUUAACACUGCCACCCUAUCAAAAGAAGGGCUAUGGACAUUUUAUGAUUGACUUUAGUUACACGCUAUCAAAACUCGAGAAUAAAAUUGGUACACCAGAGCGGCCACUGUCUGAUUUGGGUUUACUCUCUUAUCGCCGGUACUGGUCGGAAACGAUCAUUGAGGCUUUGUUAAAGCAUCGAUCAAAAGAUGGUGAAAGCGAAUCUCCUUCACUUUCAAUCA